AUGUCUCGAUAUCUGAUCAGCCUCCAAAAACUACUCUCAUCCGAAAAAUUGAAAGACAUCAAAGUGGAAUCUCAUAUAUUUCUGGACAAUGCCAUGGAGCUGGACAGUCUAAAUUCAUAUGCCUGUCAACUACUAUCACUUCUUGUGGACACCUUCAACAUCACUUUAUCUAGUCUAGUAGCUUAUCGUACUCCAUACGGCUGCCAAAUAUUGUCGCAUCCUAAAGCAGACUUUCCCGUGUAUGUCCAUGUCAAAGAUGGAUCUAAAUUCAAAGUUAAAAAGCGCUGGAGUCAAGUGAUGUAUAUGAACUACAUUCUGAGGUACAGGUGCUCAUAUGAACUGGAUGAAGCUGGUCGCGUCAAAGAUUUUCUAGAAGAACCAGUUUACAUACUUGCUACUGAUGCCGAUACUGAGUUUAACGCCAAAAGUGUCAGUGCCCUAGUAGAGCUUUGUGAAAGAGAUCAUUCAUUGGGAGCUGCUUGCGGAAGAACUAUACCAAUUGGUCAACAAAAGCCCAUGGUCUGGUACCAAAAAUUUGAAUACGCUAAAGGUGAGAAUUAUAUAUGGCAAUGUUCGGGCUAUGGAUUCUGA